CUCCACCUUCCACUCCGCAUUCCCAACCUUGUCUUCUCCUCCUCCCUUUCCCGAAAUACCCCCAGGCGAAGCCUACCGUCUUCAUCGACGGUGGAGACCGUAGAUGAUCUAAGGAUCGAUGAUCUCCGCCGUCUGAUCGAGAUCUGGGACAAUGGAGGCGGAGCGGGCGAAGAACCUUAUGCUCCUCGUCGUUAGAGCUCAAAGCAAUCGUGUUGCUCUCGUGGGUGGUAACCACACCGCUGCUAGGUUUUGCACUCGCUAAUCUCACCCCCUCACCCCCGUUUUUCACGCUCUCUAGUUCUCUGCUUCUCUUCUUCUUCUUCUUCUUCUUCUUUGAAGAUCUCUUAGUGUUGUUGUUCUCUUUCAACAAUGGUGAAGAGCCCUAGAGGCAUUCGCCGCCCUGCUGAGGGCUACGCAGCCGGCUCUAUCGAGGUCGGCUAUGACCGUCUUGUGAUCCGUUUGCCGGAUCCGCGGCUGAUCAGCCUUGUUGCUAGAUCGGCGUUGCUUGUCACCGUGAUGUUCUCGCUCCCGUGGCUCCGCGCUAUGCUCCGGAACAACUCAGUUGAUGCCAAGAUUGGGAGUGUUGAGGACUCUGUUUAUCUGCCAAUGGUUGUCCGCGAUCUGAACCGACAAGGCUUGUUGAAGCCUGGUGAUAAGGCGGUGUUCGCCGGCGGUGCUGUUGGGCGGCUCCUCCCUCUGCUGAAGCGGAACCAGAUAGAUCUCGUGCAGGAGGGGUAUGGAUUGGGUGUUGAUUUCGUGUUCGCUGGGAAUGGGUUUGGGGAAUCUACUGAUAAGGCGUUGAAGGUUGGCGGCGUCGCCGCCUUCCCGCUCACCGCCGAUCCGGCUCAUCCGUUCCGCAUACCGGCGAAUUAUAGGAUGGUGUACAUCCGGAGGUUUGGGUCCACCAUUGUUGGGAUGAGAAAGAUCUCCAAUUUAGAUCCGGAUGAUGCGAAGAAGAUAGGUGCUCGGCGGCUUCUCACGGUGCCGGAGGCCAAGAAGGACGUGCUGGAUGGACUGGAGGAUGUGCUCCUGGAGCCACCGUUGGCGUCGAGGAAGAUGAAACCAGGUAAGUACUCAUACCUCCCGGACUUAACUGGAGACUCCCUGGAUGGCUAUUCGAGAAGGGUGUUCGUCGAUGUUGGCCUCCCAUCCCGGCCGGCGAAGAGCGAGGAGUGGUUUAAGAAGCGGUAUCCAACGAAGAACCACGAGUUCGAGAUGAUAAGGGUGGACAUAGUGGGGAAGGGAGCAGUGGCUGCGGCGCAGUGGCUGGAGAGCAAUGUGAAGGAAGAGGAGUAUGUGGUUAUGAAGGCAGAGGCGGAGGUGGUGGAGGAGAUGCUGAAGGGGAAGGCAGUGAGGCUUGUGGAUGAACUAUUCCUGGAAUGCAAGAACAUGCAAUGGCGCAGGGGGAGAAGGGCCUAUUGGGAAUGCUUGGCUCUCUAUGGCAAGCUCAGAGAUCAAGGUGUUGCUGUCCACCAGUGGUGGGCUUGAUGGUAAUCCUUUCAAUUCUCUUUUUUGAUUCUGCUUGUUGUGAUGAGAGCUCAUCAUGAGCUUAGGAAAGGCAUCACCUUUCCUGCUCUUAAGUCUUAAGUUCAUGUGUGUUUUGGUUUGGGUCAGUUGUUUCUUGUUUAGUGUUGAACUAGUGUGUCUGGAUAAAUAAGAGCUCUCUUUCUCUAUAUGUUAGUGAAGAAGCUCUGUGUGUAACCUUGGAGAACUUUGUUUUCUGCACCUGCUUGCUAUGGUUUUUUAGUUUGGGUUAUCAUAUUAAUGAAUAUGAUGAAGUGUGUGUUUUUGUUGUCUUAAUAAUGCUAUCAUUUGGACUAGUGUGUGUAUUCCUUGGAAAGGAGUUUGUGUGUAUGUGAAUUGCACAUUUGUA